AUGAGCCCCGGGGAGCGCGCGGGCGGCGGCGGCGGCGGCGGCCGGGACGACGCGCGCAAGGGCGGCCCGGCGGGGGGCGGCGGGGGGCGCCCGGCCACGGCGGCGGCGUCGGCGGGCAGCGCGCUGUGCCUGCUGCUGUCGGUGGGCUCGGCCGCCGCCUGCCUGCUGCUGGGGGUCCAGGCGGCCGCGCUGCAGGGCCGGGUGGCGGCGCUCGAGGAGGAGCGCGAGCUGCUGCGCCGCGCGGGGCCGCCGGGCACCCCGGCCGCCUGGGCCGAGCCGCACCUGGAGCGCCUGCUGCGCGAGAAGUUGGAUGGAAUUGUCAAGGUCCGGACUGUUCGAGAAGCCCCAUCAGAGUGUGUCUGCCCCCCAGGUGUCCCUGGACGGCGUGGCAAGCCUGGAAGAAGAGGCGAUCCUGGUCCUCCUGGGCAAUCAGGACGAGAUGGCUACCCGGGACCUCUGGGUCUGGAUGGCAAGCCCGGACUUCCAGGCCCCAAAGGGGAAAAGGGUGCACCAGGAGACUUUGGCCCCCGGGGAGACCAAGGGCAAGAUGGAGCUGCAGGGCCUCCAGGACCCCCUGGACCACCUGGGGCUCGUGGCCCUCCUGGUGACACAGGGAAAGAUGGCCCUAGGGGGACUCAAGGUCCAGCGGGUCCCAAGGGACAGCCUGGACAAGAUGGCCAGAUGGGCCCUCAGGGACCCCCAGGACCCAAGGGUGAUGAUGGGACACCCAGCCAGCCAGGACCCCCUGGACUCCCAGGGCCCAAGGGCGAGCCUGGGAGUGUGGGACCCCAAGGAGAGAGCGGCAUGGACGGUGCCCCAGGACCAAAGGGAGAGCCCGGCCACCCAGGUACUGAAGGAGCCGCGGGCCCCCGGGGUCCCCAGGGCCUCAAAGGCGAGCAAGGAGACACAGUGGUGAUUGACUACGAUGGCAGGAUCUUGGAUGCCCUGAAGGGUCCUCCUGGGCCGCAGGGAGCCCCAGGACCACCAGGGGUGCCUGGAGCCAAGGGUGAGCUCGGAUUGCCUGGCGCCCCAGGACUCGAUGGAGAGAAGGGUCCCAAAGGACCAAAAGGAGACCCAGGAGAGCCUGGUCCGGCUGGAGCCAAAGGGGAAGCUGGCGAGAUGGGCUUGUCAGGCCUCCCGGGUGCUGAUGGCCCCAGGGGAGAGAAGGGAGAGUCAGCCUCGGAGAGCCUGCAAGAAAGAAUGGCCCAGAUCAUAGUGGAGCCAGGACCCCCCGGACCCCCCGGCCCUCCAGGUCCCAUGGGCCUUCAGGGGAUCCAAGGUCCCAAGGGCUUGGACGGAGCAAAAGGAGAGAAAGGUGCCCCGGGCGAGAGAGGACCUCAUGGCCUUCCUGGACCUGUUGGCCCUCCGGGCCUUAUUGGGCUGCCAGGAACCAAAGGAGAAAAGGGCAGACCUGGGGAGCCAGGACUCGAUGGUUUCCCGGGACCCCGAGGAGAGAAAGGUGACCGGAGUGAGCGUGGAGAGAAGGGGGAACGGGGCGUCCCCGGCCGGAAAGGAAUGAAGGGUCAGAAGGGAGAGCCAGGCCCACCAGGCCUGGACCAGCCAUGUCCUGUGGGCCCCGACGGGCUGCCUGUACCUGGAUGCUGGCAUAAGUGAUCUUAAGACACAGCUCACAACCUGUACAGAUCCGUGUGGACUUUUUCUUUUAAUUUUUGUAAAAAUGAAACAGUAAUAUAUUGAUCUUCUUUCGUGGGACAUGCCACCUGUGGCCUGUGACAUUGAAUGGUGUCACCCAGCCCCAGAGGAUCAGCCUGUAAAGCUGGCAGGAAAGCCGAUGGGCAGUCUGGGGGACUGUGUACUUGAGGGGCUACACCAGGCUUGGCUCUCCCAGGAGACGAAGGUGAAGAGGGCGAGGCUGGAAAGACGCCGGGUUGGACGCUCCAGUCACCUGAUUAGCAGACGCACAGCUGGCCCUACCGGUGCUGUCCCCUGAAGUCUCACGCUCCUGGGCGCUUUCUAGCCAGCGAGCCUCACUUUGGACAGUGGCAGCAGCUGCACUGGCCUCUCCAGCCCCCAGACUCAGCCAUCGCCAAGUGCGCCCGGAACCAUGGGUUCACCGGGGCAGCACAAGACUCUCACCCAGCACUUGAAGAAGAGGCAAGUGGAAAGCACCCGGAGAAGGCCUACCUUUCUCCCUCCCUAAGUCCUGGAAGCCAGCAGGCCUGCGUCCUGUGGCCUUGAGAAGGGUCUGAGCUCUGGGUCUGAGCUCUGUGAUGGCCGUGACAGCAGGGGACCCAGCAAUCCCUGAGUGCGUACAUGGACGGUCCUAGACUGCACCGGCUGCUACUUCCUGUCUCUGUCACACCGCCCAGGGCAGGGACAGGAAGAGACCUGGCCAGCCCUGAGAAGACGCAUCUGUGGUUCAGAGCUUGAGGUCUCACUGGCCCAGAACACUGGUAAAAGGGGGCUCUGGAUGAGUUGAACAGAUCAGGCUGGUCCCUGCUGAAGCAGGAGGCCUGCCACAGGUGUGCAUAUGCACACACGUGUGCGGGCACACGCACACGCAGACACACACACACUGUACCCUGACACACAGGUUCCCAUCUUACAAACAUCCUCAGUAGCCAACUGCAUCCCAACUCCUUGUCUCCACUCUCUACGUAGGCUGUGUAAUAAACCACAAAUGUGUGUCCAGGUGUGCCUGUCCUUGAAGUGCCCAGGGCACCCGUGACUCAAGUUUCAUCCUGGCUGUUGUGGGGUGCAGAGAGGAAACAGGGGAACUGUCUAGGGCAGGGCCAUGCCAGAAACCAGAGGUUGUCGGGACAGAGAUCAAAGGGGAGUUAGAAGGAUACAGGUUCGAGGCCUGGUCCUACCACAUGCCAGCAGUGUCCUCGGGCCGGUGACUUCCCGUCAGGCAGUCCCUG